GUCACUUCCGCCGCGGUUCUUUCGGCAAAUUUACCUCACUGUCGUAAAGGACAGGCUGGAAAUUGGAUAUUACUAUUACUUUUUCGGCACUGAAGGCUGUUUUGGGAAAGUGCUGGUGCCUCAGGAUCUGUCAGUGAGCGGAGAAACCCGUUAUUCGAGUUUCUGCCCCCUCCCUGCCCUUAUAAAGCCCUAGCCGGUACGGUGGCCGAGAGUUGGGAGUGAGGCGGAAGUACCCAGCGGGUGGGUGUGCGCGCACCUCGGGAAGCAGGGGUGCACGUGGAGACGGUAGGAGAGAUCAUGUCUUUUCGAGGAGGAGGUCGUGGAGGCUUUAACCGAGGCGGAGGCGGUGGCGGUUUCAACCGCGGGGGCAGCAGCAACAACAGCCAUUUCCGAGGCGGCGGCGGCAAUUUCAGAGGCGGCGGCCGAGGAGGAUUUGGACGAGGGGGUGGCCGCGGGGGCUUUAACAAAGGCCAAGACCAAGGACCUCCAGAACGCGUAGUCAUAUUGGGAGAGUUCCUGCAUCCUUGUGAAGAUGACAUAGUGUGUAAAUGUACCACAGAUGAAAAUAAGGUGCCUUAUUUCAAUGCUCCUGUUUAUUUAGAGAACAAAGAACAGAUUGGAAAAGUGGAUGAAAUAUUUGGACAACUUAGAGAUUUUUAUUUUUCAGUUAAAUUGUCAGAAAAUAUGAAGGCAUCUUCCUUUAAGAAGCUACAGAAGGUGAGAAAGGACCUCCGAGAGGUGGUGGCAGGGGAGCUCGAGGAGGAGGAAGAGGCGGAGGUGGCCGAGGCGGUGGCAGAGGCGGUGGCUUUAGAGGUGGAAGAGGAGGUGGAGGUGGGGGCUUCAGAGGAGGAAGAGGGGGCGGUGGUUUCCGAGGAAGAGGACAUUAGAUGUAUUGAUGGACAGACUUCACCAGUUGAGUUCUGCAUUAAUCUGCAUGAUCUACUUCUUCUGUGGAUUGGAAACUUGUUUUUCGAACAAGUCUUGAAGAUAUGGUCAUUUGUGACAUUACAACUAAGAUGUCAGCUUCAUGCAAAAAUGAAUGCAACAGAAUAAUCAGUUUUGCUCUAAAAGAGCAAGAAAAAUGUUUCAAUGUUUUGUACAGUGCCUGGCACUCUGUGGGUGCUUAAUACAUGGACAGGAGUUUUCAUUUGAAACAUUGAAUUUUUAAAAUAAAGCAUUUUAUUCCUUUUA